AUGGAGCUCACCUGGCUCGCUGAUACUCCGCAAUCGCGGAAUCGGACGCGAGCGGUGCGCGCGUGUCCCAAUUGCCAGCGACGAAAGAAACGAUGCCGACACACCAAUUCAGAGUCUGCACAUAGCCAAGAGCAUCGGUCAUCGCGCAAGUCCAGCGACCGUCCUCCAACUCGGCCUGCUCGCAGAGAUGGUGCGAAUCGCUCCCGAUAUCAUCCUUCUGGCACAGUAGGCCGGGCGAGGCCAGCAUCUGCCGCUCCAGUCUUGCCGGUUCCUGGAACAGAGAGGUUUGUCGGGGAUCUCAACCCGGAAGCUGUUAUUCGAGAAAAGCUGAAUGAGCCGACGGGGAACCCUUUACGAGACCGCAUUGGGCUUUGGAUUAGCUCUGCCACGCCAGAGGCCAGCAAAGACAAAUCCCAAGCCGGUACCGAUGCUAUACCAACUCUGCCGUCCCAAACGGCCCUCGAAAGCUAUGCGAUCGUGUCGGUGUUGCAUCGGCGCCAUGCCGCUGCACUGCAGGCGUGUGAGCAGCUUCCAAUGGCCACACGAGAGGCUUUGACCCCAAUAUAUUUCUCCAAGGUUAAUCGCAUUAUACCGCUCCUACACCAGGACUCAUUUUCCCGCGCUCAAACCGAGGGCACGGAAUCUGUGUUUCUAGAAAGAGCAUUAUGCCUUGUCGCAGCCAAAGACCGCGCGGCCACACCUCACCUUCGUCUUAUAGCGGAUGGCCCGAUCGUCAGCCCCCGCCAAUUCUGCUCCGAUGUCUACAAAGGACUCGUUGUCGCCAUGGAUGCAGAAUUGGAAUCUGAUCGGGUGACUCGCAUUCGUGUCCUUGCGCUCAUGUCCUUGCACUGCGAGGGCUAUGAAGGCGCUGAAGCCGCAUCCCUGCACCUGUGCCAGGCCAUCCACCAGGCCCAAACAGUAGGUCUGCAUCUUGACCGGCCGGGCCGAGCAUCUGCAGACUCCCUCACUCAACUCUUUUGGUGCUUAUGGACAUUGGACAAGAUGCAUGCAAGUAUCGGCGCCCGUCCCGUGCUCCUGGCUGAUCGUGACAUCGGGAUUUCCAAACCCAAUCCCAACGCCCGGCCAUCGCGGAGAGCAUUCGACGUGUGGUUUGCCGUGUCAGAUCUACUCGCGACUGUGAUCUCAUUUUAUCGGCCCUCAGCUGAUACUACUAGCGGAUGGGAAGAAGGUUUUCCAGCCUUUGAAGAUAUUGUAGGAGACGCGCAAGAGGAUUUGGAUUUUGCUACUUUGUGCUUUCUGGAACUCUACUAUCAUUCCGUUGCGAUCCUGUCAUGUCGGCACAAACUGGUUGAGAGUUUCGACACCACUAAGCUCUCAUCGAUUCGGCAAGGACUGGCAGCCGUGCGGAUUCAUUCUAUCGUCGCAUCGGAAUGCGCGGAUCUUGCACCUCUGCCCCUUGUCCCGUACGCUGUCGCUUUGUCGAUGGGGGUCUCCUAUCGACAGCUUCGCUCCAGCAAAUUAAUCACGCACAUUGACCGUGCCAAGGCGAGUUUGGAAGCGUGCUGUGCGCUGUUGGAAGGCCUGAGCUGCUACUGGUAUUCUGCCGAAGCGAUGGCCCGGCUCGGGCGCAAAGCGCUGCACCAGAUUGAGGUCCCACUCAGCCAAGAACCUCAGGAACAAACCCGUUCAUCGCACGUAGUAGACCCCAAUGACAGUAUCAACCCGAGCCGGGAUACGUCUGAUGUCGCCUAUCCAAAUGAAUUCCAGUCUGGUGAGGGCAACUCUACCAUGCCCCCAGCGACAUCGACCGAAAUGGCGACCGGGACUCUUGGAGAACCGAGCGAUUUGGAUGCCACCGUGCAUGGGUUUGCCGACAUCGACACCCUUUUUGGGGAAUUGUUCGAUCUCUCCCUCCCCACGAACUUUUGGGAUCCUAUCUUCAUGGAGACCCCCGAUGCAUAG